AAUAAUAAAUAUGAUAAAUAAAAUAUUUGUUAGAGCUUACUUUUAGACAGUUAAAGCCGUGAGAUUUACUUUUGAUGAGAUAUAAGAUUGUAGCAUAAAUUUAAAUUCAAAAAUUGAAGAAGCUUAUGGAGAUCAUGGAUUAGGAUUAGCAAUAGUUAGUGGAAUUCCAAAUUAUAAGAAGAUGAGACUAUAAUUAUUGCCCUUGGCAUAAAGAUUGGCAAUAUAACCAUAAGAAUAUCUAAGAACUCUUGAGAGACCUGAACAUUUUUAUUCGAAGGGUUGGAGUUGUGGUGUUGAAUAAGUAAAUGCAAAAAAUGAUAAAUUUAGUUUAAAGGAAAAUUUGAUAAAUCAAAAGGGUCAUUUUACAAUAACCCAAAUUAUGAUAGACAUCAUGAAGUAGGAAAGGAAUAUUAAGAUUAAAAAUAGGGCAAUUUGAUUGCAUUAGAGAAUGUAUGGCCAGAGAGAAUUCCAGAAUUAGAAGGAGCUUUUAAGAACUUAGGAAGGUUGAUGGUAGAUACAGGUGCUUUAUUAUCAUAUCAUAUUGAUAAAUACAUACAUUCAAAAUGUAAUACAUAUGAAUUAGGGAAAUUGUACAGAUUUAUAAGAACAGGUGAUUCACAUGUUGGAAGAUUAUUACAUUAUUUUGACGGUCCAAAUACAGAUGAAUGGUGUGGAUGGCAUAAUGAUCAUAGUGCACUUACAGCAUUAACAUGUCCAAUUUAUAUGCAUAAUGAUCAAAUUGUAGAUUAUACAGAUAAAGAAGGAGGUUUACUAGCUAAAAAUAGAUAUGCAGAAAUAAUGAAAGUAGGAAUGGAUCCAGAUUGUUUAGCAUUUUAGAUAGGAGAGACAGCAUAGAUUGUUUCAGGUGGAAUAAUUGAAGCUACACCUCAUUGUGUAAAAUAGAUUAUUUAUAAAAUAGGUUGUUAAAAGUGAUGAGACUGUAAGAAGGUAGUUGAAUAGAAAUACUUUUGCUGUAUUUAUGGGACCAUUAUCUAAAGAAAUUUUAAAUGUUCCAAAAGGAAUAGAUAAAAAUAAUGCAUUGAAUAAACCUGCAUAUAAUGUACCAUCACUUUUAGGAAGAUGGAAAGAAAAUAUGACUUUUUAAGAAUAUAGCGCAAAUAGCUUAAAAGCUUAUUCUUGAAAUUAGAAUAUGCAUUUUAGAAUUGAUUAACAUAAAUAAUUUAUAAAAUAAUUAAUUUA